AUGGACAGAGGCUGGGUGAGAGUGAAAAAUGUAGAUUCUGCGCUGGUAACAGCUAAAUUGAAGCUAGACAAUCAAUAUCCAAAAUGUAUAGGAAGUGUUGUUGCCAAGAAAGGAUGUUGGUCUUUUCUCAAAGGUGGUUUCCUUUGGAGCGCACCUUCCAAUUCCUUCCAGAUACAUUUGACGAAUUCAGAUGUAUCACAAAGAAACGUGGAAAUAGAGAUUAUUAACUAUUCCUUACAGCCGUUUACAGAAAAGGAAUGGAGAUUCAAUCAAUUUGAAGGGAUAAAAACGGAAAGAAAACGAGCUGUUACGAUCCAUGUUGUAGAUGAAAAUGGAAACAGUUUGCCUAAUGCAGCAGUCAAAAUAGAUCAAAUCUCAACGGAUUUUCCAUUUGGAACUAUGAUAGCAAGUACCAUUGUGGGAAAUUUGUCUUAUCAGGAAUGGUUCGUCAAGCGAUUCAAAGCAACAGUUUUUGAAAAUGACCUCAAGUGGUACAAGACAGAGCCACUGCCUGGAGUAUUCAACUAUACCAUAGUGGAUCAGAUGAUGCAAUUCGUUCGAAAGAACAAACUUUUAGUUAGAGGACACACCAUGUUCUGGGGAAACCCAACGAUGAUACAAGAUUGGGUCGAAAACAUGACAGUUCCUCAGCUACAAAAAGCAAUGGAUGGAAGAAUUAAAAGUGUAAUGAGUAAAUACAGAAAUGAGUUUUUUCACUGGGAUAUAAUCAAUGAACUCCUCCAUUUCAAUUUUUAUGAGAAAAAACUCGGUCCAAAUGCUACCUUGGAUAUGUUCAAGAAAGUUCACCGCGCAGAUCCACUAGUAACCCUAUUUCUCAAUGAAUACAACAUUGUUGAAAAUUGUGACCCGAGAAUCAACGUGGACAUGUACAUUGAAAAGUUCAAGGAACUCAAGAAAGGCGGGGUUAAAGUGGCUGGCAUUGGACUACAAAGCCAUUUUAGCGCGGUGAACCCUGCUUUCAUGAGAGCUGUUCUUGAUAAGUUGGCAACUUUAAAACUUCCUAUUUGGCUCACGGAAGUUGAUGUUAGCAAUAUGUAUAAACAGGAAGAACAAGCUGUAUACUUGGAGCAAAUUUUAAGAGAGGCGUUCUCACAUCCAAGUGUGAAUGGGAUCAUGCUUUGGUCAGCUCUUGGCAGAGGAGGUUGCUAUCAAAUGUGCCUUACAGACGACAAAUUCCAAAACUUGCCAACGGGGGAUCUUAUUGAUCAGCUUUUACUUAAAGAAUGGAAAACUGGAACUAAACGUGGCAAAACAAAUGAGUUAGGUUCCUACAAUUUUCGAGGUUUCUUAGGUGAAUACAACGUUACAGUCAUUUACAAUCGUAGUAUCACCCAUUCCUACUUCUCAUUAGGACGUGGUGUCGAGACUAAGCACAUUACAGUUCAUGUCUAA